AUGCUCAAGGCCCCCAACUUCAGGGACUCGGCCCCUGAAUUGAUUCCAUUCGAGCGCUAUGAACCGCUAGAUCCAGGUCUCUCUGUCUGGUAA